AUGGCUGCAGAGCAGCGGAAGCUCUUGGAGCAGCUCAUGGGAGUCUGCCGCUCUUAUCUCGCUGGUACAUGUCCCCACGACCUCUUCACCAACACGAAGCAAGACCUAGGACCCUGUCCAAAAUUGCACAGCGAAGGCUUGAAAGCUGAAUAUGAUGCUGCAUCGUCACACGAAAAGGCUAAAUGGGGGUUCGAGUACGACUACUUGCGAGAUAUGCAGAAAUACAUCGAUGAAUGUAACAGGAGGAUAGAUUCGGCACAACGCCGUCUUGAGAAGACGCCAGAUGAAAUACGGCAAACAAACCAUUUGUUGUCGCAAAUAUCAGAUCUGAACAAAACCAUCAACGCUGGACUCGAGGAAACGUCCGUUCUCGGUGAACUUGGAGCAGUUGCUACUGCUAUUGACGAAUUCUACAAAGUACGAACCGCUAAGCACCAGAAGGAGUCUCUCGAACGAGACCUUAAGGCCCUCGCAGAUACAUCUGGUCCUUCAGGGCAUCAGAAAUUGCAGGUUUGUGAUGUGUGCGGAGCGUAUCUCAGCCGACUAGAUAAUGACCGUCGCCUUGCCGACCAUUUCUUCGGGAAAAUGCAUUUGGGAUAUGCGAAAAUGAGGGAGACCUACAGUAUUUUGCAGAAAGAGAUGAAGGGGCAGCCUCCGUCUAGGCAUGAUGACGGUCCAUCUGGUCGCGGUGAUGCUGGCUUUGAUGACGCUGGCUGGGGCCGAGAUGGCGGCGGUGGAUAUGGCGGUCGUUCCUACAGAGGUAGUGGAGGUGGCCAUAGAAGAAAAGGAGGCGGUGGUGGUUACAACAGAUGGUGA